UACAAUAAAAUUAUGCUGUGACGUUCCCACAGCUGCAUCAAUGGCGAAGACAGUGUUGAGGCGGAACCUACUGUCGCGCUUUCUCAGACCUUCUGUGUUGGCAGUUGUUCAAUGUCAUCGCAACUUCAUCCACGCGGGUACCAAUCCCACGCUCCACGACCUCCUUCGCACCGGGAACCUUCCAGAAGCUCAGGCUCUCCUCCUCCGAAUGAUCAGAAAACGCGGCGUUUCACGUCCCCACCUCAUCGAUUCCCUUCUCGCCCCUUCUUCUCAGUCUCACACAAACGCUAUCGUUUUCGAUUUACUCAUAAGAACCUACGUCCAGUCACGGAAGCUUCGAGAAGCUGCCGAAGCCUUCCGCUUGCUGAGGCAGCGCGGCUUCACCGUCUCCAUCAACGCCUCCAACGCGCUGCUCGGCGCGUUGGUGAAAGUGGGAUGGGUGGAUUUGGCGUGGACGGUGUACGAGGAUGUUGUCGCAAGUGGCACAACGGUUAAUGCCUUCACUCUCAACAUUAUGGUCAAUGCUUUUUGUAAAGAGGGUAGGUUCGAGGAGGUUAAGGUUUUCUUGUCCCAAAUGGAGGGUAGAGGUGUUUUGUCUGAUGUUGUCACGUAUAAUACUCUCAUCAACGCGCAUUGUCGUCAGGGGAACGUGUGUGAGGCUUUCGAGUUGUUGAACUCAAUGUGGGGUGUGGGGUUGAAGCCUGGGGUUUUUACUUAUAAUGCUAUUAUUAAUGGUUUGUGUAAGAAAAGGGAUUAUGAGAGAGCGAGGAGUGUUUUGGAUGAGAUGUUGGGGAUGGGGUUGAGUCCUGAUGCUGCCUCGUUUAAUCCCUUGCUUGUGGAAGGUUGUAGGAAGGAUGAUAUUCGUGAGGUUGAGAAUGUAUUUGAUGAAAUGCUGAGGUGUGGUGUUGUUCCUGAUUUGAUUAGUUUUGGUUCUGUGAUUGGGGUGCUCUCUAGAAACGGGUGUUUUGAUAAGGCUUUGGACUAUUUUAGGAAGAUGAAGGAUGCUGGGUUGGUCGCCGAUACUGUGAUUUAUACUAUUCUUAUUGAUGGAUAUUGUAGAAAUGGCAAUGUGACUGAGGCGUUGAACGUGCGGAACGAGAUGGUUGCCCGGGGUUGUGCGAUGGAUGUAGUUACUUAUAAUACUCUGUUGAAUGGGUUGUGCAAAGGGAAGAUGCUCGGUGAUGCUGAUGAGUUGUUUAAGGAGAUGGUGGAGAGGGGAGUUUUUCCGGAUUAUUACACUCUCACCACUCUCAUUCAUGGGUAUUGUAAAGAUGGAAACAUGAGUAGGGCGCUUGAUUUGUUUGAGACGAUGACUCAAAGGAGCCUUAAGCCGGAUGUUGUGACGUAUAAUACGUUAAUGGAUGGCUUUUGCAGGAUUGGUGAAAUGGAGAGGGCUAAGGAGUUGUGGUGUGAUAUGGUGAGUAGGGGGAUAUUGCCCAACCAUGUGUCGUUUAGCAUUUUGAUAAAUGGGUUUUGCAGUUUAGGAAUUAUGGGUGAAGCAUUCAGGGUGUGGGAUGAAAUGGUAGAAAAAGGUGUUAAGCCUACUUUGGUUACUUGCAACACCGUUAUUAAGGGUUAUUUGAGGACUGGCAAUAUGUCUAAGGCGAAUGACUUCUUCAACAAGAUGGUUUUAGAAGGAGUUUCUCCUGACUGCAUUACAUAUAAUACUCUUAUAAAUGGUUUUGUAAAAGAAGAGAGCUUUGACAGAGCUUUUGUCUUGCUUAACAACAUGGAAGAACAUGGGCUGCUGCCUGAUGUUAUCACGUAUAAUGCAAUACUUAGUGGAUAUUGUGGGCAAGGCAGAAUGCGGGAGGCUGAGAUGGUAUUACGCAAGAUGAUUGACAGUGGUAUAAGUCCUGAUAGAUCAACAUACACAUCAUUGAUAAAUGGGCAUGUUUCUCUAGACAAUCUCAAAGAGGCAUUCCGUUUUCAUGAUGAAAUGCUGCAAAGGGGUUUUGUGCCAGAUGACAAAUUCUAAUAUCGAAACCAAGCUUAAGAGAAGAGAAGCCAUCUGUCUCUACAUGUUGGUCAUUCAAAUAGUGAGCUAGCGGUUGAGCGAUGCACACCAGUGCUCGAGCCAUGAAUAACAUAUUUAAACAUGUUUUGGAGCGAGUAAGCACAUUUCUUGAGCCACAACACGAUGUUUAAGAGAGCAGCCAAAAUUUAAUUCAAAUUAUAGUGACAAUUCUCUUUGCUCAAAACAAUACUCAAACGAGACAAGGAAAGCAACCUUCAGAGCCCAACAAGCAGGUUUCUUAGGCACCCUCAUGUGACAUUUUUGUUAUCUAUGGAGAAGCAAUCACCUCACUUAAGCAUCCAAGCAACGAUUAAGUGAAUGGUGGCCACUGGAAAACUGUAAAUAGGACUUGUUUAUUGUUUUGAAGAGAUAUACGUGGUUUAGAAUAGAAUUUAGAAUAUGAUCUCUCUCUCUCUCUCUCUCCACUUAUUAAAUUAGUAUUAGGAAGUGCACGUGUUCGGUCUAUAUUGCACGAAUAUCUAAGGAAGGAAGUGGCAGAUGACUUCAGACACGACUUCUCUGCUUAUCCUGGUGAUUUUAUUUUACCAUGAGUUCCUAUUUAGGGGUUGAAUAUAGUCUUUUUAUUGGUUAAUUAUUCAUGUAGCUUAAUGUGAUCUUAUAUUUGAGGUUGGUGAUUUAAUCUGGUCUUAAUGUUUGCAUAUGUGUGAUGGAUCCAUAAUUGUUCUCAAGUUUCCAAGGAAAAAAUAUGGAAAGUGAUUUUUAGAAUUGGACUUAAGAUAUUUCAGUUUAUUAGCCUGGUAGGAAUGGACUUUAAUAUAUUGAUUUGUUGUGGUGUUCAUUGUGCUUGAAUUAUGAGAACAGUCCAUAGAUUAGAGUAUGACUUUAAAUCCUAAGGAUAGUUCUGAAAAAUGAUUCUUAGGAUUAGAUUUGAUUAAUUUCACUCUACAUUUUAAGAUACAUGGAGUAAAUUUUGGAUAUGUUAAUUGCUUAUAAAAUGACUGCAUAAUGCAGAAAUAUUUAUGUAAUAUACAGGGAAUCCAUGUUUGAUAAAUAUUCUUAGACCUUAUGAGAAAACUUUAGAAUUAUGUUGCAAGAAUAUUAGUUAGAAGAUACGUUAGGUGAAACCAUAGAUAAUUUAAAUUAUUUUCAAUCUCAUAUUCAUAGAUUAUUCAGUUUUUUUUGGCAUCAAACGCAGUCUAUUAACCCAAAACAGCAAUCUGAACUAUUGAAUUGGAAGUUUACAAUUAAUGGAAUCUGACGAGUAAUUCCCUCUGUAUAUGAUACUCUUAUACUUAUUCUUUUGAAAACUAUAAGACUUUGAUAAGUUGCCUAGUAAAACAAUUAUUUAUACCAAAAUUUCCUCAAUUACUAUACAUUAUGAAUGCCAAGUGCUGCUACUUCCAUGCCUAUGAACGCAUUACAGAAUAAUAGUUAUUAGGUUAUCCUUCGUGAUUUAUAUUUCGUUUUUGUAUUAUGAAUAUUUAGAUUCUAUCUUCCAAAUUUCAAUUUGAACAGAAGAAUCCUUAUAGUUCUGGAUGCUUGGAAAUGCAACCCAUCCAUGUUUCUAACUUCUAAGCA